CAGAGGCAGCGCUUGUACGUGCCGCCCUUUGCUCUGACGCGACCGACGCAGUGUCCGUAAUCGGUGUUCGGAAAAUUGUGCAUGUGCGUUUUCCGACGAAUGCAGUGUGUGUGCUUGUGAGAUGUGCUAUUGUUUUCUAGGAGUGGUUUACAAGCAGAGGAUCAACUUAUUCGAAUAAAAACAAAAGUGCUACGGCGCUAAUAUAAAAACAUUCGCGUAUAGCAAUUGUUUAAGAAUCUAAAUUGAUCAGUCAAUUAAUAUCGUGUCGAACAACGAGCGUAGAGCUGCGCCGUUGUCAACACGUUGACAUCGAGUCCGCGACGCGUCGCGCGCGGUCCUUAACCUGUCGCUGCAAUAGUCGGUGCUCGCCAGAGUCACGUGACUCGGCCGGCCCGCCCAGCCACAGCCGUGGAUAACCUCGGCCAGAGCCCCCUUCCGGUGAAGAGGCUGCACGAAGCGCUGCAGAGUGCGCAAGUGAAGCGCCAGCGGCUUUCCCCCCCGUACCCCGCACCCCCCGCCUCUCUCCACCCCAUCCACCAGCUCGCGGUGCACCAGCAUAUCAAAGUGCAGCAGAGCAUAGUGCAGCAGAGCAUCGUGCAGCAGCAUCAGUUGAACCUGGCCCACCAGUCGCUGCAGAACCUGCAAGCGCAACAGAACCUGCAAGCUCAGCAGAGCUUACAGGCAGCCCAGAGCCUCCAGGCGGCUCAGAGUCUGCAGGCGGCGCAAAGCCCUGCAGCAACGGGUGGCGCAGGCGCGCAGCAGGCGGCAGGAGCGACACAAGGCGCGCUGGUGCCGCCGCAGCAGCCUUCGCCCCGGCCCGCUUCGCCGCAACACAAGAACAUGGAGCUCGCGCUCUGUCAAAGCAUGGACUCCGUCAACACCGCCACCACUGAGGAAGAGGUGCGAACGUUGUUCGUCAGCGGUCUGCCCAUGGACGCGAAGCCGCGAGAACUCUAUCUACUAUUUCGAGCGUACGAGGGCUACGAGGGUUCCCUGCUAAAGGUGACCAGCAAGAAUGGAAAAACAGCUUCGCCGGUCGGUUUCGUCACGUUCCACACUAGAGCCGGCGCUGAGGCAGCCAAACAAGAUCUUCAGCAGGGCGUCCGGUUCGACCCCGACAUGCCGCAAACGAUUCGGCUGGAGUUCGCUAAAAGCAACACGAAGGUCAGCAAGCCGAAGCCGGCAGUUGCCACAGCCGCGCCAGCUGCACACCCCGCAUUGAUGCACCCACUCACUGGACACCUAGCGAGUCCGUUCUUCCCGGGCGGCGGCGCAGAGCUGUGGCACCACCCGCUGGCGUACGGCGGCGAGCUGCCGGCGCUGUCGCACGGACUGGUGCACCCCGCCAUCCACCCACAGAUGGCGCCAACCCCCCUGACGCUGGGUGCUUGCGUGCUGCCCGCGCCCGCACUGGGGUCGCCCGGCGCAGCGGUGCCGGCGCACACUGGGCCCGCUGCACAUCCCGCGCAUCCCGCGCCUCCCUGCUCGACGCUAUUCGUCGCCAACCUCGGACAGUUCGUCUCAGAACAUGAACUGAAGGAAAUUUUUAGCAGCUGCCCGGGGUUCACUCGCCUGCGACUGCUGAGUGGCGGCAGCAGCGGCGGCGGCAGCUCGGGCCCGGUGGCUUUCGUCGACUUCGCUAACCCGUCGGACGCGGCCACCGCGCUAGCUCGCCUGCAGGGCGCGCUGCUUCUCAGCUCUGAAGGCGCCAUCCACCUCGAAUUUGCGAGGCAUAAGAUGGCUCACAACGGCUGGAUUCUCGCACAUGAAGGAGCCAAAAGCGGAGAAGAGGGCGAACAGCAUUAACUCGUUCGUAGCUCUCGGCACUUGACAACCAGCUCACUGAGGGACGCGCUAUCUGGAUCCUCUGCAUCGCAUCGGGCCGGCGGCACCAGGAGACCGGGCAGACCAUCACCCGCAACCCUUACGUCCUCACUAGAAGCUCUGUCUCCUAUUUUGUUAUGUUUACUGACUCCCUGCGUCAGAGGUGUGGUGUUAUUCGUUUAUACCAAAAUUAGCAAGUGUUAAUUGUAUUAUUAUUAACAUUCCAGGUUAUUGUUUACUGUUCAUGGUAAAAUAAUAUAAUUUUAAUCUAUUAAUUUCCUAUAAAUGUAGCAUGUUUAUUUAAUUUUAUUAUUCGAUUUA